UUUAUUUUUCCAUUUUCAUUUAUUUACGCAUGCUAAUUUUUUUUAUUUCUUCACAGCACCUAACAUCUGAGUAGAAGUAACAAAGAGUUAUCGUUCCUGACAGGUGUUUUAUUAUCAACGAAGGUCGAAGCAUGUCUAUAAUCGCUUUGAAGGGCCUGGUUGGAUUGGUGACUGGUGGGGCAUCCGGUUUAGGUCAUGCAGUUGCAGAAAGACUGGUGCAACAAGGAUCUCGAGUUAUCCUGUGUGAUUUGCCAAACUCCAAAGGAGCUGAAGUUGCAAGCAAGCUUGGAGGAAACUGUAUCUUUGCACCAACCGAUGUAACAUCUGAAGCUGAUGUUGAUAAUGCGCUAGCAAUAGCCAAAAACAGCUUUGGUCGGCUUGAUGCAGUGGUGAAUUGUGCUGGAAUUGGUGUAGCUUUCAAAGUCUACAAUUUUAAAAAGGAAUUGCCACAUAGCUAUGAAGAUUUCAAAAAAGUUCUUUCAGUGAACACUUGUGGAUCUUUUAAUGUAAUCAGGCUUGCUGUUGGUUUGAUGGGCAAAAAUGAGCCAAAUGCUGGUGGGCAUAGAGGUGUUGUUGUUAAUACAGCUAGUGUUGCAGCCUUUGAUGGACAAAUGGGUCAAGUUGCUUAUUCAGCUAGCAAAGGAGCAAUUGUUGGUAUGACUUUGCCCCUUGCUAGAGACCUUGCAUCUCAAGGAAUUCGUUGUAUGACUGUUGCUCCAGGUCUCUAUGAUACUCCAUUGUUGGCAGACCUGCCUGAGAAAGUGAGGAAAUACUUAGCAUCUACAGUCCCAUUUCCCAACAGACUUGGUGAUCCUGCAGAAUAUGCUCACCUCGUACAGUCUAUUAUUGAAAAUCCAAUGUUGAACGGAGAGGUGAUACGUAUUGAUGGAGCACUACGAAUGUCACCUUGAAGUCUUUAGUUAUGACCAAGAUCCCACUUCACAAAUAUAGUUAUUUCACUACCGGAAAUACAUGUUGAUGAGAAUGUUUUGCUUGAUAUUCCUUUAGCUGUAAUUACAAGUUAGAAUGAGUUUAAAUUGGUUUGAAAUACAACAGAUUUAAAACUAAAAUACAUGAAAUCACGGGGGAUAGUUUGUUACUAGUUAUUGAAACUUUAGUUAACAACAUCUACCUAAACAGUCAUGAAAGCAUUUGCACACACACACACACACACACACACUGGAAUUAAUUAACUAUAUAAAAUAUCCAUUAAGAUAUAUUUUCUAUUUUCUGUGAUGUUAGAAUAUAACAAUUCCAUGCCCUCUUAGCUUUUACAAAUUUAUUAAAAUGAAAAAAGUCUUUUUUCUUGUUUGUUUUUUAAGCUUAAUUACAUUUCUUAGUGAACUUCUAAAUUAGUAUUAAUUUGAAGGUGAGCACUACCAAAUAAAAUGUAAGUUAAUGAGAUGAUAAUUUUCCUAAGUAUAUUAACCCUAUCUUUAGAGUGUGAAUUAUCAUUAUUUAUAUUUGUCACAUCUUAUUCUUGGAUAAUAUUUCCUAGUUCAAAUCCUGUCUGGAAAUACAUAUAUUUAUAUUGUAUUUGUAGGUAUGUACAUACACACACCACAAUAAGACAUCUAAUAAUAUAAUCAGAUCAAAAAAACGUGUCAAUAUAUUUUACGUAUACAGCUGAGCUUAAUACUUUGAAAAAUUGUAAUCUUAUUAACAAAAAUGUACCUCAGCUAUUUAAGCAUUUAUUCAAGAUAUGUGACAAAUUGAGUAUGUACACAAAUAUUCAUACUCAGUUAAAACCAUUUCACUGUAUUUGUGACAUCAUGUCUCAUGGUAAGAAAUCAAUAAGUAUUUGUUUGGGGGAAUGACAAUGAAUCAAAUCCUUUCCAAAGAAAUACAUUACCAUGAUAACGACAAUGUGCUAAACCAAAUAAGCAAUUUGAUUGAUGAAAAUGUUUAUUUUAGGUUAAAAGAAUCUUAUUAUGAAUUCUUUCUAAAAAGAAAAAAAACGGUGUUAUUUUUCUAGUUAUAAUAUUGGACAGUUUAUCUAAUUUGAAAAUUUAACAUUUUCCCCCUGAAAAUAAAUAGAAAAAAAGGAUCGCUUUGCAUUUCAUCUUUCUGCAGUUGGUAAAUUACCUACCUUUCAAAUACUGACAGUCGAUUUAAUCAGUUUCAUGCAUUUCCAAAAUCUUUGUGACUGUGCACGAAGUUUAGUGUUCUAUAAAGUAAUAAAUAUACAUAAAUUUUUUGAAUGUUUUAAAAACUCUUGCACAAGGUUGAAGCACAUACAUUUACAGAUUUACAUGGAUUGUUAUUAUUCCAAUAUCUUCUGAUUUCAUUUUGUUUUCUUAUUAUUUUUCCUUAUAUAAUGUGCUUAUAAAUAUAAUGCAAAGUAUUUUACACUGAUAUAUAUAAUAUAUAUAUUCAUUUGUAUUCUAAACUUCUUUUCAUAUAUUUUUGGUAUGGCACAUCUACAAGACUACCGUAUUUGAUGGCAUAUAUGAUGCACUUUUUUCCAAAACAACUGUCUCAAAAUUUUCCAAAAACUGUCUCAAAAAAUUCAGCUCAGGCCUUGUAUGUGAAAUUGAGCCUAUAUUACAUGUUUCAAUGCACUAAAAACUUUUCCCCUGAAUACGUGCUGCUGAAAUUGGAGUGCACCUAAUAUGCCUGCAUGUCUUGUAUGCCAUCAAAUAAGGUUAUCAGAUGGUCGUUCCAUCUCGAUUUUGAUCUGUCAGUUAAUAAUCAAAAUAUUGAAUACAUAGUAAAUAAAACUCAUUUUGCAUUUCUCUGAUCCAAAAUAAAUGAGAACACUUCUGAGAAUGAACUAAAGGAGAGAAAAAAGUGACAAAAAAACCAAAGCAAUCUUUUAAUUCAGUUAAAUUUAAACUUCUAAGAGGUUAACAUUCAUCUCUUGACUGAUUUCUUGAUUUCAGUCAGUAUCUAUGUGUUGCUAACCAUCAUACAAUAAAAGUAAAGUUUAUUUUUUGUUUAAAUUCA